GCGGAGCCUAGUGAGCAGCUAUUACCGCGAAAGGCCACCGUGACUGCGACAUCCCGGGAAGGAAGUCGGGGUGGGCUCGGUUCUCUGCGACCCUGGGCUGGGCAAGGGGGUGAGAGAAAAGCGAAGACAGUGCGAGCCUGGGCCGUUGCCUCGCGGCUCUCGCCCGCUCUCCCUUCUCGACCUGCGGGCUUGUUUGGAUUUAAUCUUCAGGUUGCCGGCGCCCGCCCGCUCGCUGGCCUCGCGGGGCGCGAGGGAAACACCCGUGCUUGUGGCUGGCGCCUGACGGGUCCAGACACCCGCCCGUCCGCGCCACUUACCCGCGGCGGCCGCGUCCCGGAACGGCGGGGUCGUGUUUGUGUUUGACCCGCGGGGGGCCGGCGGCGGGGCGCGCGGCCAAGGCCGGUGCUGGCGGGGCGGGGCGGGCGCGGCGGAGGCGGAGGAAGAGGGAGCGGGAGCCCUGGGAGGCCCGGCGCCGCCAUGGAACUGGGCCCGGAGCCCCCGCACCGCCGCCGCCUGCUCUUCGCCUGCAGCUCCCCUCCCGCGCCACAGCCCGUCGUGAAAGCGCUGUUUGAUACGCCAGCCGCCGGGGGACUGUCGCCUGUCACCAACCUGACGGUCACCAUGGACCGGCUGCAGGGCCUGGGCAGUGAGUAUGAGCAGCCACUGGAGUUGAAAAACAACAGCAAUCUGCAAAGAAUGGGUUCCUCCGAGUCAACUGAUUCAGGUUUCUGUCUGGAUUCUCCUGGGCCCUUAGACAGUAAAGAAAACCUUGAAAAUCCCAUGAGGAGAAUAAAUUCCCUACCUCAGAAGCUUUUGGGAUGUAGCCCAGCUCUGAAGAGGAGCCAUUCUGAUUCUCUUGACCAUGACAUCUUUCACCUUAUUGACCAGGAUGAGAACAAAGAAAAUGAAGCCUUUGAGUUUAAGAAGCCAAUAAGACCUGCAUCUCGUGGCUGCCUGCACUCUCAUGGACUCGAGGAGGGUAAAGAUCUCUUCACACAGAGGCAGAAUUCUGCCCCAGCUCGGAUGUUUUCUUCCAAUGAAAGAGAGAGUGGUGAACCAGGGAAUUCCCUUCCUCUUUUUAUGCCCCAGUCACCUGUGAUAGCCACUUUGUCUGAUGAGGAUGAUGGCUUCAUGGACCUUCUCGAUGGAGAGAAUCUGAAGAAUGAUGAGACCCCAUCGUGCAUGGCAAGCCUCUGGACAGCUCCCCUUGUCAUGAGAAGAACUAUGAACCUCGGCAACCGAAGCAAGCUGUUUGACUCCCCUUCCCUGUGUAGCACCAGCAUUCGGUCAACACUGAAGAGACCAGAACGAUCUCAAGAGGAGUCACCACGUGGAAAUACAAAGCGGAGGAAGAGCACAGCUGGGGCCAGCCCUGAAAAGGAAGCUAGUCCAGAGAAGGCCCAGGAGAUUCCACAUCAGUCUUUAUCCCUGGCAUCUUCCCCAAAAGGGACCAUUGAAAACAUUUUGGACAAUGACCCAAGGGAUCUUAUAGGAGACUUCUCCAAGGGUUAUCUCUUUCAUACAGUCACUGGGAAACAUCAGGAUUUAAAAUACAUCUCUCCAGAAAUUAUGGCAUCUGUUCUAAAUGGCAAAUUUGCCAACGUUAUUAAAGAAUUUGUUAUCAUUGACUGCCGAUACCCAUAUGAAUAUGAGGGAGGCCACAUCAAGGGUGCGGUAAACUUGCACAUGGAAGAAGAGGUUGAAGACUUCUUACUCAAGAAGCCCAUUGUACCUACUGAUGGCAAGCGUGUCAUCGUUGUGUUCCACUGCGAGUUUUCUUCUGAGAGAGGUCCCCGAAUGUGCCGGUAUGUGAGAGAGAGAGAUCGGCUUGGCAAUGAAUACCCCAAACUCCACUACCCUGAGCUGUAUGUCCUGAAGGGGGGAUACAAGGAGUUCUUUCUGAAAUGCCAGUCUCACUGUGAGCCUCCCAGCUACCGACCCAUGCACCAUGAGGACUUUAAAGAAGACCUCAAGAAGUUCCGCACCAAGAGCCGGACCUGGGCAGGAGAAAAGAGCAAAAGGGAGAUGUAUAGUCGUCUGAAGAAGCUCUGAGGGCAGUGGUGCCAGACAACAGCAGCCUGAGCUUCCCUCCACACCCCACUUCCCCUCUUUGCUGCAGAGAAACUUGAGCAAAGGGACCAGCUGUGUGACAUUUGGAGAGGAGGCUUCAAUGCCUUAAACCUACCUCCCACACUCCUAAGGUUGGUGCCCAGGGCAUCCUGCAGGCUGUGCCUCUCCUGUCGUUGUAAGACGUCCUCCUUCCCCAUCAGGACUAUCUACCAAGGUUGUCACAUGCCAUGGUGCCGUUCUCAGCACCACGUCAAGCUGUUCUACCCACAGUGGGAUGAAGCAGCUGGGGCCUUAUUGGGCUCUGGCCUUCUCUUGUGAGGGAAGGGAGAGAGACGGGAAUACAGAGAAGUAACAGACAGAAAUGCUGCCGGCUGAGUAUCAAAGACAGCCUGGGAAGGAAAGGCCUUUGUGGGAUAAUCUGUAUCUUUAAUUUAUUCAACUUCAUCAAUCACUUUAUUUUAUUUUUAUUUUUAUUUUUUUGGUUUUUUUUUUAGUUUUUUUGUUUUUUUAACUCUUGAGACUUUUCCUUUACUGCUUUAUUAGGUCAAAAUACUGCCAUUCUAGGUAGGGUUUUAUCAUCCCAGGGACUACCUCGGCUUUUAAUUAAAAAAAAAAGGGGGGGGUAAGAAAAAGCAAACCUGCUGCUAUAUAAAGCCAGGAGCUGAGGUACUAGUGGGAGUGGGCGCUGGACUCGGGUUUGGCCACAGGGUAUAAGCUAAACCUCCCAAACCUACCUCUGGCCAUCAAGAUCUGACAGGAAGUGUGUCCCUGCUCUUCCUCACCCCGGUUCCCUGUGAUGUUGGCUGGUAUAGGAGUCAGAGUCAGUAAAGCACUUCAGGCAGCUUCCCUUGGGCCACCCCCAGGUCGGUGUUGGAAUGUUGUAGUGUAGGUUUCCCAGGCUAGGGGGUAGGAAUGGGUGGGCUCUGCAGGAUGAGGGAGGGGCAUAGCCACUGAGUGUCCUCCUUCUAGUACUGAUACUCUAGCUUUUAAUUUUUAAAAAAAUAGUCAUUUUAUGAGUCAAGGAGUAGCAAAUCAGUGUUGGAUGGGCCACCCAAGGGUGGGAAGAGGGGCUGGAAGCCCUGGGCAUUAGGAGAAGGGAGUGGGUGCUAGCAUAGAGAUGAGUGUAUAGGAUGUUUCUCACAAGGGAGCAUGGUGGAUUUUGAAGGUAAGACUUUCUGGGUUUAUCAUGUUUUAAUUUGAAGGACAGGGAGUGGUGAAUUGUCACCAGUUGCCCCCUUAUCUAGCCCCAUGGAAGUGGGAGUCUCAAAGGAACGCCUCAUCCAAGGAGCUGGGGCUGACUGAAUUGAUUAUAGAUAGGCCUGUCGCAGCGCCUGCCCAUCCGCACUCUGCGACACCUGCCUCCUUACCAUCAUUGCUCCAUUGAGGUGUAGCCAGGUUUUUCUUAUAACAAGAGUCAGUCUCCCCUCUUACCUCGGCUUCCUAUUCUGGGUUUGGGGAGGGAAUCAGUGGUAUUGGAGAUGACUAGUUAUGUUCUGGGUUUGAGUUGCAUUUGGCUAUAAAACAAAUCUUGUUGGAAAAAGUAUGUUGGGAGAAGGCCUCUUCCCACACACUGAGACAGAUCCCAAUUGGUCUCUGAUCUUUGUAGGGAUUCUGUCAGUUCAGUGCCUAAAAAGAGAGGUGGGAUGGCCUUCAGAUUGUACCAGCUUAGCUAGCAUUGCCAGCUCUGAAAAUAAAAAAUCUU